UGGGUGAGCAAGAGGAGGACCAUGUCUAUGUGGCCUUAUCCGCAACCCAACUCCAAUCCUUCUUUGCCCCGCACCAACACUAUACAAAUUUCUGAAACAAAUUCCACCUUCCAAAAGGAAAACCAUAAAAAUAAUGGCACUUCUGUGCUUCAAUUCCCUCACCCUCCCCUCUCUCCAUUCACCCAUUCCCUCUUCUUCCCUCGUCACUCCUGUUUUCAGAGUGCAACUUAAGCUCCCUGUUGGUGUGCCCACCAAGUGUUUGAACUUUGUUCCAAUUCGAACAACACCCUCUAAGGGGAGGAGCAUGGUGGUGGCUGCGGCAGCCGCCGAUGGUGCUGCUCCUGCCGAAGGGGGGUCCCCUCCUCCACCGGAGGGAGAGAAGAAAGAGAGCGCCGCGGUGGAUAAGCUUCCCCUGGAGUCGAAGCUGAAGGAGAGGGAAGAGCAGAGGCUGAGGAUGAAGAUGGCGAAGAAGAUAAGGUUAAGGAGGAAGCGGCUCGUCAGGAAGCGGAGGCUGAGGAAGAAGGGUAGAUGGCCACCUUCCAAGAUGAAGAAGUUGAAGAAUGUCUGAAGAAGAAGAAGAAGAAGCACUAUGUAAUGCAUACAAUUGUGCUUCUUUUUUGCAGGUUUUUUAGUCCUGAAUCUGAACCUGAUUCUCAUUAUAAUUGUAUUUUGUAGUUCUGGCAUUUGUUGUUAUGUGUUAUGUAAAAGACAGUUUUUGUUAAUUGAGAUUGCUUUUUAUAGCCUAA